AGGACGGAGUUGACCCGGCCAUCAUACAGAAGUUAACAGUGGGCACACUAGGACACUACCUUCCCAAUCUACAGAAAGCCAAGUGCUCACUUAAUGAAAUCCUACAGAACCAGGGCAUCCUGAUUGAGACAAUACAACAGGAAAAUACAAAGUUUGUGGAGUGUAAAGCCAUGGAGGACCUCGUAGAAACGAUGACACAAGCCAGAAAGUAUUAUACCAAAUUGAACAACCUUCGUAAAGAGAUGCAGUCUUUGUCUGAACGAUCCUUUAAACUCAAGAAAAGGGCUUUGAAAUUACAACAGCAGAAACAGAAGGAGGAAUUACAGAGAGAGGAACAGAGAGAAAAAGAACUGGAUCGAGAAAGGAUGCUCACCGCAAAAGUUGCCAACAAGGAAUCCAAUUUGUCAUAGUGGGGCCCUGUAACUCAUAAAUAAUAUCCAAACAACAAAUAGGGAUU